AUGCGGUCCAAAACAAGCACCACGGUGCUCCUUUCGACCUCGAUCCUCUCUAUAAUUUCUGGAGCAACAGCCAGCCCCAUCUCAUCCAAAACAACAAGAACCGCAGCGAAUCCGCCCACGGCAACACUGUCAACAAGCAACAAAACCCCAAACACCAUAUUUGUAGGCCGCUCUCUUCCAGAGUUCAAUCAGGAUCUCUUCCUAGGCAUCAAGUAUGCCGACGAGCCAAGCCGCUUCACACCGGUAGAGCUCAAGAGCAUCUAUGCAUCCAAGGAUAGUAAUUCUGGACCUUAUGAUCCAUCACAAGCAGGACUCAGCACGGCUUCCAAUUCGAUAUACUACAAUGCUACGGAGUACGGCUAUGACUGUCCUGCUUAUGGAUCUGAUACCAAUACCCUGAUUAAAGAGGGCCUUGUCACUUUGAAUGAAGACUGCUUUAACUUGAACAUCAUCCGACCCAUUGCCGACGAGAAUAACGGAUUGCUUCCCGUUCUGCUCUGGAUUUUCGGUGGUGGGUGGACACAGGGCGCGACUGCGGAUCCGAGAUAUAAUAUGAGCUAUAUCGUUGAACAGAGCGCAUUGAAUGGCAAGCCGGUUCUGGGUGUUUCUAUCAACUACCGUCUGGCGGCAUUCGGAUUCCUUGAUUCGGAGGAAGUGAGGGCUGAGGGAAACACCAAUCUAGCACUGCGCGACCAGCGCACGGCUAUGCGCUGGGUGAAGAAGAACAUUGAAGCGUUUGGUGGCGACCCGAGCAAGAUCACAAUUUGGGGCGAGUCCGCUGGUGCAUAUAGUGUUGGAGCACAUCUGGUAACCAACAAUGGUGACAACGAGGGUCUUUUCAGAGCUGCAAUCAUGGAUUCUGGAAAUGCCGUUGGGCCUCCAUACAACGGAACAGAAUGGCACCAGCCAAUGUACGACCGAAUCGUUGAGAGAGCCGGAUGCACCACUUCAAAGAAUACCCUACAAUGUCUUCGUGAGCUGCCCUACGCAACUUUAUACAGUAUUGCCAACGAGGGUCAAGAAUGGUUCGCUACUGUCGACGGCUCAUUCAUCGCCCAGUAUCCACAGAUCAGCUAUAGAGAAGGCAAACUGGCCCAGGUACCUAUCUUGAUAGGGACGAAUACCGACGAGGGCACCAGUUUUGGGACGACCGGCACAAACACCGACGAGGACUGCAUCAAUCAAUUGACUACAUCCAAGCGCUGGGUUCUCGACCGUUCCCAAGCUACCAAGCUGCUAUCCUUUUACCCCGAUAUUCCCGCCAUCGGCUGCCCCUAUGGCUGGGGAAAUACCACCUGGCCAUCGCUUGGACUCAUGUACAAGCGCUAUGAAUCUAUAGCCGGGGAUGUGACUCAGGUUGCACCCCGGCGCAUGCUAGCGCAACGCAUGGCCAGCUUCCGCGAUAAUGUAUAUUCGUAUAGAUGGGAUGUGGCGGCGUUCAAUAGCUCAACAACGAUUGGAGUGCAACAUUUUGCAGAGAUCCCCUUCGUCUUUGCCAAUCCCGUGCAGACCAUCACACCGCUGGGGUCUGACCCUGCGCGGUUGGAAUUGGGACAGAUGGCGGCACGGAUGUGGACGUCGUUCGCGGCAGACCUAGAUCCCAAUGGACAUGGUGUGUCUGACAUUGCCGAGUGGCCCACAUAUUCGUCCCGCGCGACCAACUUUGUCUUCCGUUUACCCCGGAAGGAGAGUUAUGUCGAGGCUGACACCUACCGUGUCGAUGGGAUUGAUUACAUCAACAGUAUCGCGCGGUGA